CCGCUAUAAUGCCUCUAUUGGCACUGCUGGUAGACGUGGAACAUGAAGCUUUCUAUGGCUGUGUUUACGCUAUCGCUCAACUUGGAGUGUGUUUGGCCUACUCUGUUGGUCCGUCAGUCGCUGGACUUGCAGUAAAAGCGGUAGGAUUUGACUGGCUCAUGAGAAGUAUGGCAAUAGCUAUCGUGUUGUACUGCCCCCUGUGUGUUCUACUCCGCAAGGCACCGGGUCAGGAAGAGGAAGAUAUACUCUUGCCCAAGAGAGGUGAGAGUUCGCCUUACACAGAGGACAAAGAAAGAAACGACGAAGGAAACUUUUCUUAUGGCAGACUGUGCGAGGAUGACGACUGAGCGGUGGCUGCUUGUGUUUGAUCUCUUCACAGACUCAUCUCAUCAUCUUGUUUCAGCUUUGAGCAGUUCUUUUUUUCAUUUAGCUCAUUGGAAAUACGUUAUGUUUCAAAACGUUUCUGCAAUACUUUUCUUACAGUUAGUAGUUAAUGUGUACAAAAAUUGUGUCUUUUGUUGAUUAAUAUUUAAAUUGUGUGGCACCUGCCUACCUCUUAAACGCUCUUCGAAAGUAUGUGGCAGUAAAAAGUCUUUGAUCAUUCGGUAAUGAAAUAAUUUUAUUCAAACCAUUAAUGAACUGCAAAUGUUAUGGACACAGCUCCUUUUCGUAUUUAUAGUCUUCUGAUAGGAAUGACUUACAUAGAUUUAUAAGAGCCUAGAGGUUCAUAGCCGUAUUUAGUAUUUAUAAAUCCGUUGAGGCAUAUUUUUCGUUUAAUGAUCAAUGUAAUUUGUAACAUUAUAAACUCUGGAGAGAGAGAGAGAGAGAGAGAGAGAGAGAGAG